AGGGGGCAGAAGGCCGGUUCUGGAGCACCUGUUUACCGGAGACAGACCAGGAGGGAAAAAGAGAAACAAGUUGUCAGUCUGUUGGAAAUGUCCUCCUCAGUGUUGGUCAGUCUGCUGCGCUGUGGUCGAGCUGCCGUCACCAAACCGGGCCUCCACACCAGUCUGUUCACAGCACAGUCCUGCACCGCGUCCAUGCAGGUGUGUGGGGCUUUGUUCGGUGUAGCCGGAGUUCGGAAGGUUAGCGGCUCAGUUCGGUUCGAUACGGACGGCAGCGGUCAGCCGGUGACCUGGGAUUCAUUUGGGAUCUGGGACAAUCGGAUCGAGGAACCCGUCCUGCUUCCAUCCAGUAUCAGAUAUGGAAAACCCAUUCCACAGGUCAGUCUGUCCCGGGUCGGCUGUGCGUCUGUUUUGGGCCUCAGAAAGCAGAAUGAGGACCGUCUCCGUGUGGCCCGUAUCCAUGACAACCUGCUCUACUUCGCAGUGUUUGACGGCCACGGUGGACCGCACGCUGCCGACUACUGCUACACCUUCAUGGAGAAAUUUAUCAGAGAUGCUCUGGAAGAAGAGGAUGAUCUGGAGAAAGUUCUGAAGAAAGCCUUUUUAGAUGCUGACAAGGCUCUGCACACACACCUGAGCUACUUUAACAACGCCUCGUUCUUAACAGCUGGCACCACCGCAACGGUUGCUAUGCUACGGGAUGGCGUGGAGCUGGUGGUGGGCAGCGCCGGCGACAGCCGAGCGAUGCUGUGCAGGAAGGGGCGGGCCCAGAAGCUGACCACAGACCACACCCCUGACCGUAAAGAUGAGAGACUGCGGAUCCAGAGACACGGGGGUUUCGUCACGUGGAACAGUGUGGGUCAGGCUAACGUUAACGGACGACUGGCCAUGACACGCAGCAUCGGAGACUUCCACCUGAAAGACAGCGGCGUCAUCGCUGAACCAGACACCACACGGAUUAUGGUCCAACACGCCAAUGACUCAUUCCUGACUCUGACCAGUGAUGGGAUCAACUUCCUGUUGAGUGACCAGGAGAUCUGUGAUGUCAUCAACCAGUGUCCAGAUCCAACAGAAGCAGCACAAGUCAUCGCAGAACAGGCGCUGCAGUACGGCUCUGAUGACAAUGCUUCCAUCCUCAUCGUCCCGUUCGGAGCCUGGGGGAAACAUCAGAGCUCUGCCAGCACCUACAGUAUGAGCAGAAACUUCAGUUCAAGUGGACGAUGGGCAUAAGAACUCACACACAACAGAGAGAGCUGAUCCAUCCAGAUGGACUCCAAGGACACCAACAGUUUUAAAAAGCUAGAGUUCAUCAUAAUAAUAAUCAUAUUAAUAAUGGAUGACAUUUCUACAGCGCUUUUUUGGCCACUCAAAGUGCUUUACAUUACUGACCCAUUAUUCAUUCACUCUCACACUCCCCCUCUGGUGGAGGUAAACUACACCUGUAUCCACAGCUGCCCUGGGGGGGGGGGGGGGGGGGCAGACAGAAGCCUACAGCCCUCCCACCACCACCCAACAUUCAUACCCAUUCAUCCACCAGUGUGAGUGACACCGGAGGCAGGAGAGGGAAGUGUUGAACAGUUCAGCCUCUGAUCCACCUUAAACAUAUUGUGUAUAUAUGUAUAGUUGAAAUCAAUAAUUUAGUUGUUGUUUUCUUUUCAUUUUAUACCACUGUUACAUAAGCCAAAGAGUAUUUUAAUACACAUAAACCACAGAGGAGCCAUGUUUUAAUACUGAUGAUUAUAUAAGUAAAAGGUGAAUUUGUUUGCCUUUUACCUCAAACAGGAAAUGUUGAUGGAAAUAUGUUUUAGUGAAGGUGAAUAGAAAGAGCUUUAACUUAUAGGAGGGACAUUCUGCUUUUUUAAAUGCAAUUCUUUAUUUUCCCACAUUUCCCUGAGGUCUUCAUAAACUGUAAAUGCUC